ACGUCCCGGGCACUUGGUCCUGGGGGGGCGGGCUGUGGUGACAACAGAGACUGAGGCAGUGGGGCCGGCACCGGGAGGACGGUACAGGUGAACAGGGGCAGUCUUCCUUCGUCCUUCCUCCGCUGCAGACCAUGGAGGGCUCCUUCGUGCAGCACAGCGUGAGGGUCCUGCAGGAGCUCAACAAGCAGCGAGAGAAGGGCCAGUACUGCGACGCCACGCUGGAUGUGGGGGGCGUGGUGUUCAAAGCGCACUGGAGCGUGCUGGCCUGCUGCAGCCACUUCUUCCAGAGCCUGUCCGGGGAAGGGCCGGGGGGCAGUGUGGUUCUCCCCUCCGGCUUCGCGGAGAUCUUUGGCCUCCUGUUGGACUUUUUCUACACUGGUCACCUUGCCCUCACCUCCGGGAACUGCGCUCAGGUGCUCCUGGCGGCCAGGGAGCUGCGAGUGCCGGAGGCCGUGGAACUGUGCCAGAGCUUCAAGCCCCCAGACUCGGUGGGACAGGAGCCAUGUGACUUUAGUGGACUUGGGGGACCUGCCUCUCAGGAUGGGAGCCGCUGCCUCAAGGAGCCAGCAGGCUUGGAGGAAGAGGAAGUAGCAAGGACUCUGGGUCAGGAGCCCAGUCACAGCCCUCAGAGGCCCCCGCUGAGCCCCCCUGUUCAGAGUGAGAGCCCCUCCUUCUUCCCAGGGAAAGUCAAACAGGCCCUGAAGCUUGGGCUCCCAGAAGACAAGGAGCCUGAGGACUGCAAAGUACCUCCAAGGCCCUUUGAGGCUGAAGGUGCCCAGCUGCAGGGCGGGGGUCAUGAGUGGGAAGUGGUGGUCCAAGUUGAGGAUGAUGGAGAAGGCAAUUAUGGGUCUGAGCCUGAGAAUGUACUUGCCAAGAGGAAGCCCAAUGUCAUCACCAAAACCUGUGCAGGCGAGCCGGCCCUGGGCACAGGCUCCCCAGCGUCGGAGGCCACUGAGAACCGGAGAGGCACAGUGGGGCCAGCGGAAUGCCCCACUUGUCACAAGAGAUUCCUCAGCAAAUACUACCUAAAAGUCCACAACAGGAAGCACACUGGAGAGAAGCCCUUUGAGUGUCCUAAAUGUGGGAAGUGUUACUUCCGGAAGGAGAACCUCCUGGAGCACGAAGCCCGGAACUGCAUGAACCGCUCUGAGCAGGUCUUCACGUGCUCCGUGUGCAGGGAGAGCUUCCGCCGGAGAAUGGAGCUGCGGGUGCACAUGGUGUCCCACACUGGAGAGAUGCCUUACAAGUGUUCCUCAUGCUCCCAGCAGUUCAUGCAGAAGAAGGACCUGCAGAGCCACAUGAUCAAGCUGCACGGAGCCCCCAAGCCUCAUGCCUGUCCCACCUGUGCCAAGUGCUUCUUGUCAAGGACAGAGUUGCAGCUGCACGAGGCCUUCAAGCACCGUGGCGAGAAGCUCUUCGUGUGCGAGGAGUGCGGGCACCGGGCCUCAAGCCGCAACGGCCUGCAGAUGCACAUCAAGGCCAAGCACAGGAACGAGAGGCCGUAUGUCUGUGAGUUCUGCAGCCAUGCCUUCACCCAGAAGGCCAACCUCAACAUGCACCUGCGCACACACACGGGCGAGAAGCCCUUCCAGUGCCACCUCUGUGGCAAGACCUUCCGAACCCAAGCCUGGACAAGCACAACCGCACCCAUACUGGCGAGAGGCCCUUCAGCUGCGAGUUCUGUGACCAGCGCUUCACUGAGAAGGGUCCCCUCCUGCGCCACAUUGCCAGUCGCCACCAGGAGGGCCGGCCCCAUUUCUGCCAGAUCUGUGGGAAAACCUUCAAAGGUGCUGGGCUGGCAAGUCACCUGGGGAAGGUCGGGCUGCUGUGAGGGAGGAGGGAGGGCUUGCUCGGAGACCUGGCAUGACUUGGGUGGUGAUUUACCAGUUUUGAUUGUGAAUUAGAUGAGGGGGGGGGUGUCUAUAUUUCAUGCCAUCAUACUGUACUCCACAGUAGUUCCAAACGCUCCUCUGCUGUAGGACCUUAGACCCCUGCCGGAGCCAGGUAGACAUGGGCACGCCUCCCAGGGUACUGUGCAGUCAGUGUGGACUCCUGGCAGGGUCCCGAGGCAAGCCCUGACCUCAGGACUGGCCGGGAGAAGCUGCUUGGAUGGCUCAGCCCCCUUGCUGUCUCCCAGCUCUGGGCCCCGAUCCUGGCCCGCAUUUCUACAUCUCUUGGAGGCUCUUCAUGCCCUUGUCCCUCUGCAGCUGUGGAGCAGCUGCGCGUGCACGUCCGGAGGCACAAAGGAGUGAGGAAGUUUGAGUGCACAGAAUGUGGAUACAAGUUCACC